GCAUGUCAAAACAACAGUGAAGUUAGCUGUGUUACAAUUGUUUCCAGUGAGUGCCAUUAUUUGUGCUUUUCAGAUCCUCUGCACACGGGACUUCUAGAAAAGGUUAACUGAUAACACGGCAGUGGGGGGUUUCAGGCCAUCUCUGGAUUCCUUCCAUAUGGGACGCGAGCUAUGUGCUUCGUGCGGAAGUGUGUAAUGGCGAUGGAAACUGAAUGAACAGAGAGGAGGAAAGAAGGAGCACUUUCGACAACUGGCCGCUAAACACUUCAGAUAGAUCUGCUGAGCUUGUGCGUCCUGCUAAGCUGGUGUUUACGUUCUGGGACCAGAAGAUAUGGUGCGCUGCUUUCGCAGGACACCGAGGCACUGGGCAAGCGAGGACAGUCCGCCUGGCGACAACCGGCGCCACUUAUUUGUAUGCGAGUUCGUUCCGAGGAGGGACACGAGCUGUGGUCCGAGCGCCCGAGCGUUGUCGGAUUCGGUGGAUGGCCAGCUGUUGAGCCAGAUGCAGCGCAUGGGUGCGAGCGAGCCGGUGACAACAGGGCAAGCUGCAUAUCCAGAGAUGGAGGACGAGAGUAUUCGCCUCAGCACGUUCAGCACCUGGCCCACGAGAUCCUCCAUCCGACCAGAUACACUGGCGCGCGCUGGCUUCUUUUACACAGGUCAUAGUGAUAAUGUGAAGUGUUUUUUCUGCGACGGUAGUUUGCGGAACUGGGAGCCUGGAGAUGAUCCAUGGCAGGAGCAUGCCAAGUGGUUCCCACGAUGUGAGUUUUUGAUCCAGUCAAGAGGACAAGAGUACAUCGGCAACGUAUCGCAGUCAUUCUUCAACUUGUCAGAGCUUGCAAGGGAAUCACAGAUUUCAACUGAAAGAAAUAGUACAACUGGACAUGAUGUGCUAAGUGGUGAGAGUGCCCCAGCAGCAGCCAUGUUCUCACCGGUGGUGCAGGCAGUGCUGCAGAUGGGUUUUGACCAACCACUAGUUGAGAGCCUGGUUCAGUCUCACUUCUUGCUCACUGGCUACCAUUACAUUUCUGUCUCCGAAUUGGUGGCUGACAUCCUGCAGGCUGAAGAGGACGGGAGGCAGGGCAGUGAUAAUAACACAGAGCCUGAGGUGAGGCAGAGCAGCAGUACCAGUGGAGUGAACCCACAGACCUCAUUUGGGGAGAAAGUUUUGGUGACCGUGAGUUCUGAGGAACAGCUGAAAAAGCUACAAGAGGAACGAACCUGCAAAGUUUGUAUGGACAAACUGGUGUCCAUGGUGUUUAUCCCUUGUGGUCAUCUGGUUGUGUGCUCUGAAUGUGCAGCCAGCCUGAGAAACUGCCCCAUCUGUAGAGCAGUGAUACGUGGCAGCAUGCGUGCCUUCAUGUCCUGAGGACAUUAUAUACACGUGCACAACUGAAAGACAUUAGUGAAAAAGCUCAUCUAAAAACAUAUUUAUCUUUAAAGGAUUUAAAAAUUAUUCUUAACCCUUUUAUUAUUUAUUAUUUAUUAUUGUAUUAUAGGAUCAGGUUUGGAAACCUGAGAUGAAGAGAACAAAAUGCUGCAAUGAUUAUAUUAAAUGGAAUCAAAAUGAAACUGUUUUCUUUUCUUUUUUUAAAUAUCAAUGAAUUAAUUAAUGUGUACCUUAUAUAGCAUAUUUAA